UCCAGAUUUGUGCUAUACCACAAUGAUGUUAGAUUGGACAGUUGAACUUCACUUUGAAGAUAAUGGGUAUCCAUCAAUCAUCAGAAAUAAAGAAAAAAGAAGAAAUGCAUAAACAAAUGAUUGCGAGAAAAGAUAUUUUCUUUUUACCAAAUUGGAUUAUUCUCUUUCUUGUUUUCAGCAAUAUUCUUGAGUUGUAGAUGUGGGUUUACUUUAUUUAUGGAGAAUAGCCACUGCCCACAAGCAUAGAUUCUCUUCUUUGUGCUGUAGUAAAUCUAGAGCCCUCCAUUUCCAAGCUGGGGGUUUCGCUCUCUCAUGGGAAUGGAAUGUAGUAAGUGGCCUUGAAUACUGGAGGGUGCAUUAAUUCCAUUUCUGGCAGCCAGACAUGAGUUACACAAAUUCUUCAAUGGGUUCUGGAAGUAGAGGAGCAAGGAGAACAUUUGACUUUGGGAGGACAUAUGUGGUUAGGCCUAAAGGCAAGCACCAGGCUACAAUUGUUUGGCUGCAUGGCCUGGGUGAUAAUGGCUCCAGUUGGUCGCAGCUCCUGGAAAGCCUUCCACUGCCAAAUAUUAAGUGGAUAUGUCCAACUGCUCCCACUCGUCCUGUGGCUAUACUUGGCGGAUUUCCUUGUACUGCUUGGUUUGAUGUUGGAGAGCUUUCAGAAGAUGGUCCUGAUGAUUUGGAAGGCUUGGAUGCUUCAGCAGCACAUAUUGCAAAUCUUCUAUCUACAGAGCCUGCUGAUGUUAAACUUGGAAUUGGAGGCUUCAGCAUGGGCGCUGCCACUGCUCUCUAUUCAGCAACUUGCUUUGCCCAUGGAAAAUAUGGAAAUGGAAACCCUUACCCUGUCUACUUGAGAGCUAUUGUUGGUCUAAGUGGAUGGCUUCCUGGUUCUAGGAACAUGAGGAACAAGAUUGAAGGAUCACAUGAGGCUGCAAGACGUGCUGCAUCCUUGCCCAUCAUGCUAUGUCAUGGAAUGUGUGAUGAAGUUGUCCCUUAUAAACAUGGAGAAAAGUCCUCCCAAAUCCUGAGCUCAGCCGGAUUUCGAUGCCUUACAUUCAAAAGCUAUGACGGGCUUGGCCACUACACUGUGCCAAAGGAAAUGGACGAGGUUUGCCACUGGUUAAACGCAAGACUGGGAUUAGAGGGUUCACGAUAAUAACUGCUCGCCAGCCAUCUUAUUUCUUGAUCACCGUUGCCAAGGGAAAUGGGGCGAAUCAAUAACAAAGGAAGAGCUUACACUUGCAGAUGCGGGAAAUAGUAGGUAGACAUAUAAGGGCGUUGCAGAGUGGAAAGUUUAAAUCCUAGGAAUUAAUCAUGCUUUUGGUUUCUUUUUUUUUUUCUUGUGAAAUAAAGUUUUGGGGACUUGUUUCGUUUCGUUUCACUGCUAGCUAAGUUUUAAGUAUGCUCUCAUUACAGUAUGUUGUAAUCUACCUGAACGACUUUUAAGCAGAUCUUGAACCUACAUCCUUUUUAA